AUGUCUCGUCCUCCAAAUGAAUCAGUAUCUUCUUCGAGAUCUGUGAAGAAUGAGAAAGAUGCUUCAGCUACCAAGAAAGAUGCUUCAACUACCAAGAAUGAUGCUUCAUAUAAUCAAUCCAAUUUUACUCGACAAACAAAUGCCGUAAAGGAUUUAUUCAGUAUACCUAAACCCGUCAAAAAAUUAUUCGAUAAAGUACCUAUUAUUACAUAUCCAGCGAACGGUUUACCACAGAGAAGUCCUGGAGCAAAGAAUUCAAAAAAUGAUAGAGAUGCUAGAUUACCUAGUUUAUAUAUAUUUUGUAGAGAGGGUGAAGAGGAUGAAGGAAAGCCGAGUUUCAAUCCAGGAUGUUUAAAAUGGCAGACAUUCCUAAGACUCGCAGGAAUUAAUCAUAAAGUUGUCUCUUCAAAUAAUCAUGCUUCACCUACUGGUGUACUACCUUUCCUCUUACCGGGUAUCAAAUCGAAUUCCUCGCAGGAUGAUUAUCUCCCAAUCCCAAGUAACGGAUUGAUAAAAUACGCAAAGGAACAAGGAAAGAGUCUUCCUGAAGCAAAGAAUAGAAAAUUAGAAGCUUAUCAAGCAUUACUCGAUCACAAUAUACGAAAUGCAUGGCUACACACUCUCUAUCUCAACCCCUCAAACUUCAACACAAUUGCAGCACCCCUCUACAUAAACCCCAGCUCCUCAUCCCUCCUAGUCCGUCUCUAUACAGCCUACCAAUUGCGAGCAGCAGCUGAAGCCGAAUUGCGCAAGAGCGCUGAGAUAAUUGAUGAGGAAUUGAUAUAUAGGGAGGCGGAUAGGGCGUGGGAAGCAUUGAGUUUGUUGCUUGGGGAGGAGGAAUGGUUUGGGGGGGGUAGCCCUGGGGUUUUUGAUGCCGCGGUUUUUGCUUAUACGUGGUUAGUGGGGGAUGAGGGAUUGGGAUGGGGGAAGGGAGGGGAUGGGAAGGAUGGGGGUGGGAAGAGAGAGGGUGAUAGGAGGUUGGCAGAGGGAGUAGAGAGAUGGGGAAAUCUUGUAGGGCAUAGAGAGAGGGUUUUUAGGAGGUGUUGGGGUGAAGGGGAUGGUGUGUUGGUUUGA